UAAGAGCGCGCGGGCCGGGCCGGGGUGCCCGAAGAGUUUCAAUGGCGUGGCAAGGGCUGGCGGCCGGGUUCUUUCAGGUUCCCACGGUGACACGUGCGUACACGGCGGCCUGCGUCCUCACCACGGCUGCGGUGCAGUUGGAGUUCCUCACCCCCUUCCAACUGUACUUCAACCCGCAUCUCGUGUUCCGGAAGUUCCAGGUCUGGAGGCUCUUCACCAACUUCCUCUUCUUCGGGCCCCUGGGAUUCGGUUUCUUCUUCAACAUGCUCUUCGUGUUCCGCUACUGUCGCAUGCUGGAGGAGGGAUCCUUCCGCGGUCGCAAGGCCGAUUUCGUCUUCAUGUUUCUCUUCGGUGGUUUCCUUAUGACUCUGCUGGGACUUCUGGGCAGCCUCUUUUUCCUGGGGCAGGCCCUCAUGGCUAUGCUGGUGUACGUAUGGAGCCGCCGCAGCCCUCAGGUGAGGGUCAACUUCUUCGGCCUACUCAACUUCCAGGCACCGUUCCUGCCCUGGGCCCUCAUGGGCUUCUCGCUGCUGUUGGGCAACUCGGUCCUCACAGACCUGCUAGGGAUUGCUGUGGGCCACAUCUACUACUUCCUGGAAGAUGUCUUUCCCAACCAGCCUGGAGGCAAGAGGCUGCUGCUGACCCCCAGCUUUCUGAAACUGCUACUAGAUGACCCUCAGGAGGACCCCAAUUACCUGCCCCUUCCUGAGGAGCAGCCAGAACUUCACCUGCAGCCCCCAGACCAGUGAGCCCAUCCUGGCCAGCCUGAGGCGCCUGGUGGACCUAUCCUCUCCACCUAAGCUACAGCAUAGGAACCCAUUCUGGAGACUGGGCCUGCCUCAGCUCAGCCAGCCACACGAUCCCACACUCUUCUCUGCCUGCUCUCUGCUUUUGCCUUCUCCACAGGUGGUAGGACUCAGGGCCCACAGAGGGCAGAGACUGCCUAUGGAGGCCCAAGAGAGUGCCGAGCUCAUGACAGACCUAGUGUUCUCAUCCCCAUGCUGCCAGUGCCUUGAUGGAACUCGGAACAAACCUCGUCACCCAGGCCUCUUCCCCACCAGUCAUCCAGACCUCAGGGCUGGGGCCAGGACCAUGCCCAUCCAUCUAGCCUGUCCAUCCUCAUCUAAAGCCUCAGCAAGUGAGUCUUCAUCUCCUUUUCCAGUGACCGAAAGGCCCCAACCCAUGGGCUUUGGUGCAGAGAGCCAGGUUUGGGUCCUCUGCCCUACCUGUGAGCCAGGCCCUUGAACUCUAUCUUAGCAGCACCCUGAGCAUGGCAGAGGCUUCUGGGAAGUUUUGUUUGCCUUUCAGCCAAAGGCCCAUCUGAGCCCUCUCCCAACUGUGGUUUCCUUGUCUUUUCUGAACCACAGGCAUCAAAUGUGGCCAGCUUUCCUUGUUGCUCUAGGUCUGCUCCAGUAGAGCUUACUGCUGGAUGCCCAGCAACCUGAGAAUUUCCUUAGCCACUGCCUGUUGUUUCCACAGUAACAAUAACGUUCCUGUCGAGUCUUGAUUUAAAUUUUGUAGUGAAACCUAGUGAGGUAGCUGCUGUGUUGCUAUGUGGACUGGAAGUGCUUAAAGCUGGCAGGAUCUGGAGAGUGACAGCUCCUCCCAGGCAGGUGAACUUACCUGCCCAGGUUGAGGUGAGUGACAGCUCCUCCCAGGCAGGUGAACUUACCUGCCCAGGUUGAGGUGGGCAGAGUUCCUCCCAUCCUAUUCAGUGUGGUAGCUCAGGACAGCCACAGCAAAGGAGCCCAUUCCAUGGCCAGCCAGGCCCGGAAUCUUCCUCUUGGGCAGGGUCUUCCAAUAAAGCUUAGCUUUUCUAUUA